UUUACAUCCGGGUCCUUAGGCUUCACGCUUUUCUUGCCGGCUGGUGUUUCUCCGGGCUGACUGGCUGUUGGUUGGUCCCGCUGUUCCAGCGUCGGAAGAGCCGGUGGGUCCGCGGGUUUGAACUUCUUGUCCUGGAAGCUGUGCAUCACCAUAAUGAGGCUUGUAAUUCUUGAUAACUAUGACUUGGCUAGUGAAUGGGCAGCCAAAUACAUCUGUAAUUGCAUCAUUCAAUUCAGACCUGGACAGGACAGAUAUUUUACACUGGGUUUGCCAACAGGGAGUACACCUUUAGGAUGUUAUAAAAAACUAAUAGAAUAUCACAAGAAUGGAGACCUUUCUUUUAAAUAUGUGAAGACCUUUAACAUGGAUGAAUAUGUAGGACUUCCCAGAAAUCAUCCUGAAAGCUACCAUUCUUAUAUGUGGAAUAACUUUUUUAAGCAUAUUGAUAUAGAUCCUAAUAAUGCUCAUAUCCUUGAUGGGAAUGCUACAGAUUUACAAGCAGAAUGUGAUGCAUUUGAAAAGAAAAUAAAAGAAGCUGGAGGAAUUGAUCUUUUUGUUGGAGGAAUUGGUCCAGAUGGUCAUAUUGCUUUCAAUGAGCCAGGAUCCAGUUUAGUAUCAAGGACAAGAGUAAAGACUCUAGCAAUGGACACCAUUUUGGCAAAUGCUAAAUAUUUUGAUGGAGAUUUAUCAAAAGUGCCAACUAUGGCUCUAACGGUUGGUGUGGGGACAGUGAUGGAUGCUAGAGAAGUAAUGAUCCUCAUAACAGGUGCACACAAGGCAUUUGCUCUCUACAAAGCAAUAGAAGAAGGAGUCAAUCACAUGUGGACUGUUUCAGCUUUCCAGCAACAUCCCCGAACUAUUUUUGUAUGUGAUGAAGAUGCUACUUUAGAAUUAAGAGUUAAAACUGUGAAAUACUUUAAAGGUUUAAUGCAUGUGCACAAUAAACUUGUGGAUCCACUGUACAGUAUGAAAGAAGCAAACUGAAGGAGACUGGAUCAAAAUUCUGCUUGAAUCAACAGAACACUUUUAUACAUAGAUAAUUUUCAGCUAUGCAAUAUGAUAAAACUUGGGGAAUUUUUGAAUACUGUCAUUUUUGAAGUCUAAUAUCUAUAUGUUAAACAUUCCAUAUUUACAAUGUGUCCAUUUUAUACUAGGGUUUAGACGUAAUUGGCUCUCACAGUUGAUCAGCUAGUUGUUACAGAAGCCACAGUCACUCUAUAACAUAGCACAGAAAUGAAAUGUCUGCCUGUUUACAAAUUUUAAGUCAUUUUAAAGGCGACAAUUCUGUACAUAAAGUACCAUUUAUAUGACUCCAGUGGCAUUAUUAGAUUUUAAUUUUUUAAUCACAGGAAGACACUCCAAGCCUUUCAGGUAUCAAACCACUAUCAUUGCAAGCCUUUACUUCCGGAAUGCUAUCUUUAUAUUCUCUUUGCACAAGCUUUCUGCACGUGGUUGCCUUAGUCAUCUUCCUGCAGUAGCAUCUGGACAUCAAAAGUCCUGCUAUAUAUUGUUGGUACAGAAAAUUUGAAGAGACGGCAGUGCCUAAAAGUACAGUUUACGUCCUUUUGGAAAAUAUGUAUAAGUGCAUGUUUUUUGUGCACCACCUUCUGUAGCACUUUUUUAAACAAAUGUGCUCUUAUUUUUAUUUAAUGACUUGGGUUCAUGCACUUAAUUUAAGUAUUUUGGCAAUUAGGAGCUUUAUACCU